AUGCUGCUCCGUGACUUACAUGCAAUCCAAUUUGUCGAGGAGGGUGAGGAGAAUGCACUGCCACCAUUUAUGGUGAACUCUCUGCUAUCGUUUGAUUUGGCAGAAGACCUCCUGGAGCGCUGCAUCUUGAUCACGACCGAUGUGGAGAAUGGCAACCUCACCAGGCCCUCCAUUCCAAGGUUGCCUUCUGCCAGGCUGAAUAAGGCUGGGAAGCACAUUGAGGCCUUGGCUGCCCAUGAUGAAGAUCACCAGGAGGGUGGCUCAGGUCCUGCAUCAUUGGCAGAGCCCACUUGGUGA